GUGUUUGUUGACCAGCGGGUGCAAUGAAAGGGGGCAAGAAUAGUCCCCAGUUUUCUCACAGGGGAGAAAAAAAGUUAUGUAACGCCUUCAAAAACAGACAAAAGAAACUCGUAGAAGCAUGGACCUAUUAUGACGGAACAAUCCAAUACCUUUGCAGAAACCAUAGGAAGUCAUGAUGAAGAUCCUGUGAAUCGAUUCGAAUGCAUCCACAAAGUGGAUAGAAACCAGACAGUUGAUAUAAUAACCACGUUACCUUGUCUACAAAUAUAAAUAUUAAUAUGUGGAUGGAUAAACUAAAUUCGAUUGGCAUGGCGAACGGAAGGAACAGCCUCCGCCCAUUUAUCAUAUUAUUUGUUGGAUCUUUAGUGCUUUACUUCAUCGUAAGACCACCGACAUCACUCGGUAGUUCAUCGAGUCACAGAACCAGAAUAAUUGAGGAUGAUGAGGACAGUGAAAAUAUAGUUCUACUUAAAGAGAAAAUGCUCCAUCUUGAAAGUUUGGUGAACAGACUAGAAAAAUCAGUGGACGUUAUUUCAAACCAAAGAGUUUCAAAUAUUCGAACUAGAGAACGCCAGCCGAAAGAAUCCUCUUCAUGGCCGCUAAAGACAAACAAGAUUAUUCAAAAAUUAUGGGCAUCAUCAUCUCUUUCGUCUGAGUCGUCAUCUACAUUGUGGUCGUCACUCGACUUCGUCGAUGAAAAGGAGAAUGAUCACGUCGAACCGAUCAACAAUGACCAACUGGUAUAUAGCUGCCCGGAUGAUGACGGUGACUCUCACGUCUUUCAAAACGAGUUGUCUCUCUUUGGAAAACCGAUAUAUGCCAAGAAUAAGACUAUUAUGUAUGUAACAAUGCCCAAGUGUGGAAGUCGUACUUUUGUCUGGACAGUCUUCAAACUACAGAUAUGUCACCACUUUGGAACUCCUGUUGGUCUGCCUUACAUGCUUGCGAAUGAACCGCCUGUCAAAAUGAGGAAAUAUUUCGAUCUUGCACUCAGACAAGUUGAAGACGGGGCUCUUGUACACGGCCAUUACCGCUUUAUCGACAUGAGUAGCUCACUGAAAAGUCCCGUAAUGAUCAGCAUCAUACGAGAUCCAGUGGAAAGACUCGUGUCCCAGUUCUAUUUCAUGCGCCAUGGUGACGGGGAUAUAAACAAAGAGGAACUCCUGGAGAAAAUCCGUAGGCGACCAAAUGGAGCUCUCUCUAACGAGACGAUAGAUGAUUGUGUACAAAAAGGCAGAGCUGAAUGCACUAGUAGUUUGUUCCGUAAUAAUUUCUACAUCACAUCAUUUUGUGGAUACGAUCCUAAAUGCAGUAAAUAUCCUAACUACGCAUUGAAACAAGCCAAACUCAAUGUCGAUAAGUUCUUGGUAAUUGGUCUUGUUGAAGAAUACGAUCUCUCCAUGGCCGUCUUUGAAAAGCUACUCCCAGAAACGUUCGGAGGAGCAGCUAAAAUAUACGCGGAAAAUAAAGAUCAAUCAAUGGAGAAAUCGAAAACAAGCUACAAGUCACCGCCAUCUCCGAUGUCUUACUCUUUCCUGAAACAAAAUUUGAAGAACGACUACGAGUUCUACGAUUACGUGAAGAAACGCCUGCAUAAAGUCGCUAAGAAUCUUGGAAUCGGAUAUUGUGACCGUUCAUUGUAGAUAUCAUGUCAUUUCUGGGUUGUGUUUUAUAAAAUAACUUGUCUUAAUGACCUGGGCUCCGUAACACAAAGAUUAGCGAUCAAUCGCUAAAUGAACUGACCAAUCAAUAUCAAUGUAACACGCGCA